GCCCUGCCACAAAUAGUAAUUGCGUUACAACACCUACUCCCUUGCGUCUAAUGCCCCUCGGCGGCUCGAUUACAUAUGGCGUUGGCUCUUCUGACAAAAAUGGUUACCGCAAAUCCCUUUAUGACAUGCUCACUUCGGACGGUCAUAUCGUCGAAAUGGUAGGGUCGCGAAAAUCUGGUACGAUGCCUAAUAACCAGAAUGAAGGAUGGCGGGGAUUCACGAUUGACCAGAUCGACCGAAGAGCACGUAUAUCUAUACCUUUGCUAAUGCCUAAUCUCGUAACCAUCAACGCUGGCUCCAACGAUUGUCUACAGGAUGUCGAGAUUGGGCAAAUCGGAAAUCGCAUCAGCGGGUUACUAGACACAUGUCCACGCUCUACCAUUAUCUUGUCCACACUCCUCUUGAACUCGGAUACCUUGACCGAGCAGCGAAUAUUACAGGCAAAUGCGCAGUUUCAAGAGUUGGCUUCGCAAAAAUACAAACAGCGCAAAAGGAUAGUCCUCGUAGAUAUGCACGGCGCAGAUGGGCCUAACGCUGAUGAGCUGGUCGACGGAACGCACCCAAAUGAUGCAGCAUAUCGAAAAAUGGCUAGCAUAUGGCAUAGAGGCUUUCAGGAGGCUGUCUCGAAAGGGUUUCUCCAGGCGUCUGUUCCGAGCAAAAGUCGAACUUGA